AUGCCAUUUUUGAAAGGUGGCCGGUUAGCCAUCACUCGUACAAAGAAAUACUUGGAAUCGGGACGGCUGAUCUUGAAUGAUGCGGUUAAAGUGAUAGCGAUCCAUCACCUACCCGAUCAGAACAUAUCCGAGGGUUGUGACGACUUGAUAAAGUGGUUUUUACCGCCCUUGCAAUUCAAGAAUCCGGAAGUCCAGAUAAUCACUUUGAAAAACAUAUGUCCCACCCCAUUCGUCAGAGUGUAUCUUGAGCAUGAUGAGGAACUGUUGAUCGACUGUUCUUUCCGGAAAGGCAUUGAAAUACACGACCAUUUAAAGUCUAUCCUAGGCAAGCCACUUCAUUCAGCUUCGACGCCAAAAUUUGAUACUCAACUCGAGGAAAACCCAGCCAAUUUCGGUGCCAAAUGUCGUCGACAGUGCAUGUGCGAGGUGUACGGACAAGUGCCAUGCUCUGCACACGUCGGACGUCCAAAACCAUGGCCUGGUCAAGAGCCAACCCUUCCAGUAAUAACGGGUGUUACCGACAGAUCAGCCACCAUGGAAAUCAGAACACCCACAGAUGGAAUUAUUUCGCCCUGA